UCAGGGUUGCCGGGUCCAGAUCAAAUAUCGAGUGUUGGCAUCAUGGUAGAACAAGCAGAGCACGGAACCGCGAAGUGCUGGAGAUUACAACAGGCUAAUUGAAAUGGAUGCUCCUGAAGCUGAGUGCUAAAUGAGGCCUCAAAUAUUUCUGUUGUUCACUCGAGAGAUGUGUCCGGGCCAUACACUGCCCCGUGUAUCAUCUCCCACAUCAAAUACUGACCUUUGACAUUAGACACAUUUAUUUAAAAAUCUGUAAAAAUUUGUCAAUAAUUCGAAUAUGCAAGUAAAUCUGAUAAAUGUGCGGCGAUUUAAGCACCAUGGACAGCGCACUCCUCUCGCCAAUACUAAAGCAUCUCACUUUCUUUUUCAUAAUUUUUUUAGGCACGUCUGGCAUUUAGUUGAAUAAGCUACUGUUUUACUUUUUUGCAUGUGUAUAUUCUUUGCAGAGCUGGAACUGAAAUUCGUCACGCACGUGUGGAAAUUUUAUAUUUGAUACGCACGCGCCUUUGUUUUUCGCGUUUUGUUUCCAUCAGAAAAUUCAUAGAGUGCUACUAGAUGCCCUCGCCGCUCAUCAGCGACGUUCUUGGCAAACACUUUUAGAACUUCGCUUGAGGACAAUUCCGGCAGCCAUCUGUUUCUGGCACAGCUAUGCGCACGGGGCAGGAAGCUGAAUUAACAAAUUUUGAGGGGGAAAGGUGUUUGUCAGCCAGUAAGGUCGUUACUUUGAAUGUGCACCACUUUAUUUAUUUUCAUUCUCACUCCCACUUUUCUUGAGAGCGAACAGAAGGUGCAGGUGGAGAUGAAGUGGAGUAAAGUGUGAAAAGGGAUCUGGAGGGAGACAAAGAUGUUCACACACAGCGGAACUGCUGCGGUGCGCGUCACAAAACGAGAAGUGAAUCAGAGAGAAUCACUGCAGAACCCUGUCUCUGUCUGCAUAUUGACUGUUGGACUGUGAGUCACUUGAGCUGGCUGUCAAUACUUACCUGGUUUAGACACCCUGAGAGCUGUGGUCAUCAAGCAGACACAGUGAGAGUGGGGGAAAAGAGACGCAUGCUGGCUGGAUAAUUGCAGAAUGCCACACAAGAUGACGGAUUGACGACCAGAUGAGCCUAUGGAUGCUCUCACAUCAACGAACACGAAAAAGCAGAGCGAUCACAACAUAAAUAGACAGAUUGCAGGAUGGAUGAAUUGAUAGAUCUUUUAGAGAAGGUCAAACUUCUGUGCGCACACUCUCAAACCAUCGUGAAAAGAAGAGAAAUUGAUUGCCGCUCACAAAAGGGUUGAAAUGACCAAGAAAUUAUUUUUCUGGGCAAUGAACAUUGUGAGUGAGUGAGAGAGAGAGAAAGGGAGAGAAAGGGGGGAAAAAUGCCCAGCCUCUUUGUAUGAAUUGUCUCAAAAGUAACUAUAGUCAUCUUCAAGAUGUUGCCAGUGUUCUGGUCAAAUGGCCACUCGACCAGACCAGACCAGAGCAGUUUUGAGUUUCGGUAUACACCUCAUCUGAAGUGUGGCCUUGAACGUAGCCUUCACAUUUCGCCAAAGGAGAUGGUCAUGAUGUCAUCAUUCCACCUGUCAAGAAUCUGUCAGGGUUGCCUUGGAGACAACUGGCACCCGUGGAACCCUAGUGCCCCAUGGCACAAGCUUUCGAUUGUGGAUAUCACAGUUCCUCGAUUGAUGGACGCCUCCAAUCCACACUAUAUUACCCUGCUGGGGUGACAAAGAAGACAUCUAACACUCCCACCCCUUCCCACAGUGCAAAUAAAGACAUUUAGGGGGAAAAAAUGAAUGCUGCUUUAAUCAUAUGGCGUCUGUGUGCACCAAGCCGUUCAAACGGCGCGCCACUAAUGGACUGCUGAUGAAUAGACAAAGGGAACAACCAUCCACAGUGAGCAGAACAAAUAGGCCUCCAGCACAAAUGGAGAUCGCAUCAAUUAGGCUAUACAGCUGCACGGAACAGCACAAUCUUUGCUCCCCGAAUUGGAUCAGAUAAAGCCCAGCGAUUCUCGGUCCAUCCUACAGCCAGCAGCCACGGUGCCGGCUCCGGCCCUUGGUUUCCGUCUGAGGCGAGGCCACUUGGGAUUGCCGGUGUAGUGGAGGUAUGGACUGUAACUGUGUUAGUGACCUGCUGCUCACGCCACCCGUCCCAACCCUCUGGACACCAGGCAUCGCCUUCCCAGACUGGGCCUAUAAGCCAGAAUCAAGCCCAGGCUCCAGGCAGAUCCAGCUGUGGCACUUCAUCCUGGAGCUGCUGCAGAAGGAGGAAUACCAGGGGGUGAUUGCCUGGCAGGGAGACUAUGGUGAAUUUGUGAUCAAAGACCCAGAUGAGGUGGCAAGACUGUGGGGCAUUCGGAAGUGCAAACCUCACAUGAACUACGACAAGCUCAGCCGAGCGCUUAGGUACUACUACAACAAACGCAUUUUGCACAAAACUAAAGGCAAGCGCUUCACCUACAAGUUCAACUUCAGUAAGGUGGUUCUGGUGAAUUACCCACUGCUGGACAUGGCCAGCUCUCCGUUCCUGCUGGCCCAGAACCACUUCAAUGGAGGAGCCACAACACCGGAUUGCAGCCCUGUCACACCCGAGGCCCUUCAGUCUUUAUUCCCUCGUUUGCCUGAAUCAGGUCGAGGGCCCUCUCUGUUUGAGCGCAGUGCAGGGGCCCCAGGGCCUGAUGGGGACAAGCUGAGACUGGACGCUUUUCCUUUCCUCGGCUCAGGGGCUCCUUGUUAUUCCAAACCUCCAUCCCUGUUGGGUCCUUACCCACGGAACCCCUCUUUUGACUACCCCUGGGGCUUCAACCCCUACCUCCCAGGGGCCUUUUCUCUGAACAACUGUCCCAAAUUGCCCCCAGGCUCACUCUACUCCUCACAUUUCUAUCCCAACCCUCUCCAAUCCAGCCUGUCUCAGCUGUCACACCCCUUCUCUUCGCUCUUACCCCCCGGAGACACGACCGGGGCAGAACGUGGUCAAACGGGAGGAACGAACGGCUCUGCGGGCAGUCAGCCUCCCAGACUCUGCAUCCCACCGUACCCAGGGAACUUGCCACUGGGGCGGACUGAGCUGGGGAACGGGGGUACGGUUGUGGGCGACCGGGAAAGAGGGGAGACCAACACUGGCGUAACAGGUGGAGGUCUUGGUUUGGGGUUAGGCCUUGGAUUGGGUUUGGGUGGAGUCAGCGUGGGAAGCGGAGGAGGAGGCCGUCAAAGCCCUUCUGAGCGGAGGAAGGGUGUGAAGCAGGAUCCGGAGUCUGACUCUGAGCUGGAGAUCACAGACCUGAGCGACUGCAGCUCGGAGAACGAGAACGAGCCGGACUUCGCUCUGGGGAAGGAGCCAGGUUUGGGGGGUCGCUCACACCUUCUAGGGGCCAAAUCUGGGGGUCUCGGGGGAGUCUUGCCCCCUCUUUCUACUCUUCCUCCACCCGUGUCUCCGCAUCCCCUUAAAAGUCGGGGACCCCUGACUCCUCCACCAUCAUCCCUGCCUCCAUCCCUCUCUCCCUCCCUCACUGUGGUCGACAGGCACAGGGAAACAGAGACACUUAAACUUGCUCACAGUUAAUAUGUUCUGUUGUGUUUUUUGAUGUCUUGCAGGUUCUCUCUUUCUCUUUUUCUGUCUGUGUAUUCCUGCGUUUGUGAAAUGAUGCUGUAUAUUCCCAUUUCAAUUUUUCCUUCCUCUUUUCUGGAGUCCUCCGAAGCCAUUCUUCGCUCAUGCCGUUCCAAUAUCAGAACUUUCAAUUUCUGCUUUCUUCAAUUUCUAAAUCGCACAGUGAGACUCUCAAUGCAAUUUGAGUUUUUGUUAUUCUGAGAGUAAAAAAUGCAGCACAAAAAAAACAAAAAAAAACAAAAAAAAACUGCUUUACGGAUUAGAAUGUUUAAAUAUCUAAAGAAUUUUCAUUCUCUCAUUUCUGUUAGGAAACAGUAACGAUGAGAUAUUUUAUAGCCAAGACAGCACAGUAAUGGAAUAUGCAUAUCUUUUAUCACCUACUUUUUAAAUUGCACUGCAUUCUGGCCCUGCUGAGAUAGACAGUUAGUUUGUUCUGCUUGGUGCAUUUCACAGACUUUUCCAUAAGUUAAUGCUAAGCUCUGCAAUACAGUGCUCAGAUUAACAGUGUAACACAAGCAAAAUGCAAUAAUGGCAACACUCAUAGUAAUUUUAAUAGUGAUUCAGUUGUGUUGCAAUAAAGCACUUUUGUUUCUAGUUUCCUGCUGAUUCCAAGGAAUUCAGACAUAUAUAUGGUCAAACAUUGCCAUCUUGUGGUUAUAUUUAUCUAAGCCCUUCAAGGUUUCUGAAGAGAAACUUUAUCUAUUUAUAUAUUAUUUAUUGAAGUUUUUGUAUUUAUUUAUUUAAGUUCACUUUCAAUUUUCAUCUCCAGUCCAUAUCUUUUUUAAAACAUUCAAAAAAUUUUAUGAGCCUGAGAACGAGAGACAGAGUCAAUACUACUCAUGCCAGUGAAUAUUUAAAGUUUGUAUCUAUUUCAUUGUAUAUAUUUUAUUAUUGUGUACAUUAUGUUUAAUUACUAUUACUAUAUGGGAUAGUUGUAUUGGUGUCAUUUUACUCUGUACCUAAUUGAAGAGUGAUAUAUGAGAUGGGAAAAUGGAUAUAUGUGUAGUGACCCAAAGUUGACAGAGAAAGAGCACUUGUUUUUCACAUGCUCAUAAGAAUGGCAUUUAGACAGGGAAGUGUGCAAAAAAAUUCAGCUUUUUCUUAUUGUGCCCUGUGGAAAUUUUCCCCAGAUACCUCUAAGUAGAUGACCCUUCUGGAUUGAGUAACGCCGCUAGUCUCAUAUUUCAGUAAUUCAUUCACCCAGUGGUGAUGUACUAUAAUGAAUCAAAUGUGAAUAAUAUUAGUUGCAGCAUUUGCUAAUUUCUUUAACCAGUGUUCAUUCUAAUGUUAUUAAGUUUGAUAUAUGAACAUCCGAUUUGAAUGUAAAAACAAUAAAUAGGAGCAAAAUGACACAAUCUGAUUAACAGAUUACCUUGAAAUACAAUUCAGAUAAGUCGGUGGGUAAAGGUAAUGUUUUAUACAAAAGCAAAAUGCAAGUAAGAUUUUAUCAACCAAUGCCAACAAUAUUUCCAGAUAUUCUUCGGAUUCUUUGGUAAGUUCUUUGGUAAUCUGAUUCUAGAUAAGAAUUUAAAAAACAUGACAGUUUGUGCCCUUGACUUGCCCGUACUAGAGGAGAUUUCAGCUGUACAUAGGACUUUGUGUAUUUGUGUGUACACUGAAAAGAAAAAAUACCAUUUACCUUACAGUAAAGCUUUUCUUUGUUUUAUUGUGAAAUUUAAAACAGAAAGGAUGACUAGAACAAAAAAUGA